AUGGCAGAAGGUCGUCGGUCAGCUCGCGCAUGCGACGAAUGUCGCCGGUUAAAGGAAAAAUGCGAAGGCGGCAUCCCCUGUCGCCGCUGCGCCCAUUUCCGCCGCCCCUGUGAAUCCAAAGCCCUCGCCUCGCGGGCCCGCGAUUUUCGUGCCUACGUACCGAGAACACGUCCAGCGAAAUCAGACGUGCAAGAAUUGGUAGAUCGAUGCCGAUACAUGGAACAGAUCUUGAAACAUACCGUCGAGGGUAUUGCAUUGGACACGAAGAGUCUGGCGCGCAUGGCCAACUCUCUGACCAUGGAGCGACCAUCGGAUAGCCCAAAGGUGCCCAGUCCCGCCGGUCUGGCCAUCGAGGACGAGUCCUGUACCAUUGACCCGGUCGGGGAUACCACCACCCAUUUCUCCGGUGAAUUUUCCUACUGGAACUUUUCCAUGCGCAUCAAGCAGCGCAUCCAGAGUCGUAUGCGCACGAAGAGUCCGGAUCGGGUAUCUGGCUACUGGCGGGCGCAGCAGCUCAAGACCAACGAGCAUCUCUCGGCAGCGCUGGCUUGUUUUCCGCCGCGGCCAAUUACGGGGUUCCUUGUUAAGACGUUCCUGAAAUAUGCCACCACGCAUUGGUUCCUGGUGGAUGAAGACUGGCUGCUGGACCGUGUCCAUCUUUUGUACACCGAUCCGGCCAGUCUGGGAGAUAAGGCGGCCGCAGUCACCAGUAUUUUGCUGUCAGUACUGGCUAUCGGAACGCAGUAUGCUCAUCUGGAGCAGCCUAGUGAGCGCGCAUCCAAUGACCAGGCAUCUGCAUUCUCAGAGGAAGAUGUGGGCGUGCGGUUCUACGAGCAGUCCAUCCGGCUGCUUCCCGAGAUCAUCGAGCUGUCUUGUCUGGAAAGUGUACAGGCCUGUUUGCUAUUGGGCUUCUAUGCCCUGCCAGUGGAUGCUUCUGGGCUGGGAUACAUCUAUGUGAACCUGGCGGUGCGACUCGCCAUGCAGAAUGGCAUGCAUCGCAAAUGCCACCGAGAUGCGUUCACACCGGUGAUGACAGAAACGCGCAAUCGAGUCUGGUGGACUGUCUACUCGUUAGAAAGGCUCAUCUCGAUUUUCCACGGUCGGCCCUUGUCAGUCCGUCGCGGGGACGUUGAUGCAGAUCUGCCUGCAGCGCGCGAUGAUAUGACGCAGACACAGUCGGCGUGGAGUACACAAUGUGCGAUUAUCUCCAUCCAGAUGCUUGACUGGCUCGAGGAAUUCUUCAAUGACAUAUCCCGUCUCCGCCACGCCCAGCAACAAGACCUCCCCGCCAUCCUGGCCCGGCUCAUGACGCGCAAAGAAUCCUGGACGCGCUGGUGGACAGCUAUCCCGGAAGAUAUCCGCAAUCCCGCCCAACCAUGGCAGCAGAACCGGGCUGUCAUGCACCUCCGGCUGGAAUCGUGUCUCGUCCGGAUGUUUAUCGGUCGGCCCUUUCUCCUCCGAAAGGAGGCCCCUGCAGAUGGUCCAGCUGCACCAGAAUCCCAAGAUCUCCAUCCGUCUGAUCGAGAUGAUCUCAUCGGGGAUUGUAUCCAUGCGGCUCAGGAGGCACUGGAGAUCUGUCGUCGUCUGCGUGUCCACGGUCCGGGACUGGCGCGGGCUUCAUACUUGGAGUACAGUGCCUGUCGAGCGGCUCUUCUGGUAUUGAUUGCAUAUUCGGUUCAGAGCUUAUCGGAUGCUCUCCGCCAGCCCAUGCGCGAGGGUCUAGCCCUCCUCCGAGAAAUGUCAGCCGCGGGUGAUUCAGCACGCUCCGAGGUAUCUUUCCUCGAGGCACUAGAACGAUCCCUGGCCCGGCUGCAGACCGUCACGCAACGACCUGAGGCACCCCAAUCUGCCACGCUGGUGUCUGACUACGACGCGUUCCGACACUGGGGGUCCAUGUACAAGAAGCCAGCCGACCCCCGCCAAGUACCCAACACAGAUACCACCGCAUGGCCUCUAGUGGAAGUAGACAUCCCGUUUGAUCCCUCCCUCGACCUGUCCAUUUUCGGCGGCACCAACCUCUCUCCAUCAGCCACCUGGCCCACUCGCACGGAAACACAAGUCUUGGAGGAAUUCCUCGCGGGAUCGAAUCUCGAUCCGAUCUGGAACCACGUGGAUCUCCCAUGACUGCACUACAGCCAACUGUACCCUACUGUCCUACCCUACAAUAAUCCAACACCUCACAUAACCAAAUAUGAUUACUGCACAUUAGACAUCCG